AUGAUACCUACGACAUUACAAUGGAAGAACCAAGAUACGUCACCUUGUGUCAUCAUCAAUUUUGAUUAUUUGCACCGGUGUUCCCUUCCUACGCGUGUGGUGUUUCUUUGCUGCCACGCCGCAUCCCACCACCGUCGCUACGCCAUUGAAUCAUUUCCAAGAAGAAUGGGACCAUUAUCCUAUACUCAAAGAAGCUCCGCUUAUUUCUCUGCUCUCACCCAAGAGAUCGACAAAAAGCUUCAGCGGGCACUUGCUUCACCAACUCAAAGACGCGAUUUAUUACAACAGCUAUUUGCAGACGUAGCUUUACAAGUUGACGAUCGAGCUAGAGAUAUAAUCCUUGAGGAUGCGUUACAGAUUAAGGGAUCUUUAUGCUUUUACGAUGUUCUUGCUGACCAUUUUGCGAAUGAACUUGAGCGAGGGAAACCGAUCAUUGAUUUGAUCGUUCAACUAUGGAGCCAGCCUUUUGCCUCUCAUAUAUUUGCAUUAUUGUUCCAUAAAUGGUUGUUUGAAGUUGAAGUUGAUAGUCCAGAUCUCCUCCUUCGCUACUCCUCAGCUCUUGUCCAAGGUGCUAUGAAUGUUUUCUGGAUUGACAUCCAGACAAACACCACCCAUUUCCAAAGUCUUUUUAGGUAUCUUCUUGAGGAUGUUGCAUUGGUGCCCGAGAAGUUGAAGAAAAUCCCUUUGCAGGCUCAAAGAGAUCUGUUUCUUCUUCUUUCAAGAUUUAUAUUCCUUUAUAAUCUAGAUGAAAAGCUUGAAUCCUUAUUUCACCAUUUCCCGGAGUUCCCAAACGCUUUCUUGAUAGGUGGGCCCGCGGAUGUUUUUCUUAUCGAACUAACUAAUCAGCUUCAAAAAUUAAAAGUGGAGCCAGCGUUGUUACAUUACCUUUCCCGCAUUAAAGUUCUUCAAGGUUUGGAACUUCGAAUGACAACAAGUACCAGACUUAAAACGUGCUUGUACAGCUUCACGUCUCCCGGUGGGCCCAUGUAUCCAACACGAGCCGUUCGUCAUGCAGCCUGGGAUGCUCUUGAUUUUCUUUUUCCGGUUGGGCAAUAUCCUCGACAUGUUAUAAGUUUGUUUUUCCGGCUGUUAUAUCCAUGGUACUGGCCAUCCUCUUGUUGGAAUUUUGUGUUGACAUGCAUACACGUCAUAUUGUAUUCAAUUGCGAGGCUCAUUUUCCCUACAAAUAAGUUGAGGGGGCCCCACAUGUAGCUGUUGUGGAAUUAUGUUUUGUUGUAUUACUGUUGAUUGUACUUGAAACUAUAUUUUGUAUACCCUUUUUUUCAAGUUACAAUAGCUUGUGAAUCUCUUUAAAUUGUUGUAGUUGAUAGAUACACAAAAGUCUCAACCCAACCAUGUCACCAAGUAAAAAACUGAGCAGAGAAAACUACCUUGAAUUCCUCAUUACAUCUUCCAAGAACUAGUUAUUUCUGGCAAUUGAUGUAGACUUUGAUGCUUUUUGUCCAUGUGUUGAAGGAUGCACAGAUAUAAAGAAGAUGAUAGGAGUACAGACAGACACACACACCACAAACUGAGUAUCAUAAUAAUCAAUACAAUACAAUGGUCUAACAUCUAUAGUAAUAACCAUAAAGCUCCAUAAAAAGAAACUAAGUUUCUACAAUCCUCCCACCCUAUCACCAGUUUUAGCCUAGAGAGUUGGGUAUGUGUUCAGUUGACAAAAGACAAAAUACAAACAAGGUUUUGGUGCAUAACUGAUGAUUGAUGAUCUCAGUUAGUUUGCAUUGAUUCUUGAUGGUACUUCUCCAAAUCAGCAUCAAGAUCAUCUGCAGAUAUCUUUUCUCCACCACGACCUCCUCCUCCUCCUCCUCUUCCACGUCCAC